AUGGUUUGGAAUGCGGAUGAGAAGCUCUUUCCAGCAUGGCGCAUGACCCGCAUCGACCUGUUCUUCAUUGACUUGACGGUGGUGCAGCUGCAUCGAUGCUGCUGCGUGCAUCAUCUACCAACUCUGAGCAGACUUCUCCCACCUUUAGACCCUGAUUUGGUGCUUAUUUGCACUAGUGGAAUGUUGCUCUCCGCCAGUGCUUUCUUCUACCAUUCUUGUUGUGUCUACUGUCUUGACAGCUCGGAACAAGACUUUACACCUCAUAUCGCUGCAUAA